CUAGUGGUCGCUGAUGUCCUUUCUGAAUUUUUAGAAGUAGCUAUUCACCUUAUCCUUUAUGUCCGAGAGGUUUACCCCACUGGGAUUUUUCAGAAGAGGAAAAAAUAUAAUGUACCUGUUCAGAUGUCCUGCCAUCCUGAACUCAACCGAUAUAUUCAGGAUACUCUCCACUGCGUCAAACCUCUGCUAGAGAAGAAUGACGUGGAAAAAGUGGUAGUGGUCAUCCUUGAUAAGGAGCAUCAUCCAGUAGAAAGAUUCGUCUUUGAGAUCAUGCAGCCGCCACUGCUGGCCAUCAGCUCCGAUUCCCUCCUCAACCAUGUGGAGCAACUUCUGCGGGCUUUUAUCCUGAAGAUCAGUGUCUGUGAUGCUGUUUUGGAGAAUAACCCUCCAGGCUGCACUUUCACCAUCCUGGUGCACACCCGUGAAGCUGCCAUGCGCAACAUGGAGAAAAUUCAAGUGAUCAAGGACUUCCCCUGGAUUCUAGCCGACGAGCAGGACGUCCACAUGCAUGACCCCCGGCUGAUCCCCCUGAAGACCAUGACCUCAGACCUCUUGAAGAUGCAGCUCUACGUAGAGGAGCGGGCACAGAAAGGCACUUGAACCUGGGACUUCCGAACCAUUUUGGAAAUCUGCAAUCCAGGCGACGCAUUCCCAAGCUCGUCCCCUGCAACCACGUCAGUGCUUGGACGAUUGACACGCGCGUGUCUGAGUUUCCUUCCUGGCUACCGGGUGAUUGUGUUUUUAAAAGUGCUCUUAAAUCCCGCCAGGUUACCCUCAUGUUGUCUUCUACCGAUUCGGCGAGCCGGGUAUUUUUCAAGUUGCUAGACCUGAGGGAGGACAGGGCACUGCAGAACUGUGCCUAGAAAGUGGUCACGUUUUGAUUGCUGUGAAAACACUCGUCUGUCUUACUUUUUAAAAUGAAUGUUUAUCGCUGUGUUUCCGAGGUGCUAAUGUAGAACAAUAGGACUAAUUCACUGUAAAUAAACUUAAGUUGUAUCUGG